ACAAGGGAUUUCUUGAAAACGAUGGACAGGUUUGUUCUAAUUGCUCUAUGGCUUCUUGGAACUAGACUAACUUUCAUCCAUUUCGUAGUAAUGCUGCAAAAGUUUCAUGAUUCAAUUGUGAUGGACCUAGUUAAUAUCACCCCACAAGAAAACCUGUGUACAUAUAUAGCUGUUCAUCGUUAAUGGGCCACAUUCGAUUCAUGCUGAUAUAUUCAGUACCCAAUAGUAAACUUGUAAUCUCCUUAUGGAACCCAAGUUCUUCUGUUACGAUAAAAGUAAUGCUUCAAACAGUCUCGAUCUAAAUGCAUCUUCUGCUUCGUGCUAUAUCCUCUCUUUCCAGGAUUCCUCUGGCUUAGACGAAACAAGAAAUUCUAAGCGGCUAAAACAGCUGGACAACUUUAACCAAUAUUUUGGAAACGAAUAUCAUCAUGAUUGCAGCAGAGAUGUGGUAUACGAGGGCAGCAUCAAUGGAAGGACAGAGGAAAAGAAAUGUUCGACAAGGCCUCUGUUUCGGGAUCAUAUAUGGGCUUACGCACAGAAAUACAUGGCGGCUGCUGCAGUGGAAGAAGCAGAUGGCGCCUAUGAUAAAGAGGAGCACGUCAUUAAGGAAGAGGGAAAAGAAGAUGGAAUGAGACUAGUGCAGCUGCUCGUUGCUUGUGCUGAGGCUGUGGCGUAUCGUGAUAAGCGCCAUGCCUCUACUCUCAUAGCUGAUCUUCAGGCUGAUGCCCUGGUUUUUGGAACUUCGUUUCAGAGAGUUGCUUCCUGCUUCGUUCAAGGUCUUUCUCAUCGCCUUGAACUGGUUCAACCACGUGGAGCAGUUGGGGAUAUAGGGGCGAUUCCCAAGACAAUUGCCUUCUCACUGGAGAAAGAGAAGGCUUUAGGUCUUGUUUAUGAGAUCUGCCCACAUGUUCAGUUUGGUCAUUAUGUGGCCAAUGCUUCCAUCUUACAAGCCUUUGAGGGAGAGAGUUCAAUUCAUGUUGUGGACUUGGGCAUGACCCUGGGUCUGCGCCAUGGUUACCAAUGGCGGAGUUUGAUAUUCAACCUCGCCAUUCGUGCAGGCCGACCUUGUCGCUUACGUAUUACUGGAGUAGGAAAUUGUGCUGAUCGGCUUCUGGUCAUUGGUGAUGAGCUGGGGGAAUAUGCACAAAACUUGGGAGUCAAAUAUGAGUUUGCGGUGGUAGAAAGCAAUUUAGAAAACUUGCGCCGAGAAGAUUUGAAGAUUCUUGAUGAUGAGGUUCUGGUUAUCAAUAGCAUACUUGAGUUGCAUUGUGCUGUGAAAGAAAGCCGAGGAGCACUGAACUCUGUCCUGCAGAUGCUAAACGACUUGACACCGAAGGCCUUCAUAUUGGUCGAGCAGGAGUCAAGCCACAAUGGGCCUUUCUUUCUAGGAAGAUUUAUGGAGGCAUUAUACUACUAUUCUGCAAUCUUUGAUUCGCUAGAUGCAAUGCUUCCAAAAUAUGAUACAAGGAGAUCGAAAAUGGAGCAAUUUUAUUUUGGAGAGGAGAUCAAGAACAUAGUGAGCUGUGAGGGACCAGCCAGGGUGGAGCGGCAUGAAAGAUUAGACCAGUGGAGGAGGCGAAUGGGUCGCGCAGGGUUCCAACCGGCUCCAGUCAAGAUGCUUACACAAGCCAGGCGGUGGUUAGAGAGUGUCCAAGCCUGUGAAGGUUACACCAUUUCUGAAGAGAAGGGAUGUUUGGUCCUUGGAUGGAAAUCAAAGCCAAUCAUUGCAGCAUCUUGCUGGAAGUGCAGCUAGCUAUGUACUCGAGUUUGCUUACAUACUCGGAAGUCUUUUCCCUUUCGGGCUGGCCUUCUCAUGGUGCAGCCGUGCAUGAAUAUAGAAUAAGACAUCGGGUUUCCGAUGACGAAUAAGCUGGAGAUCUGAAUGUAUUACAUCCUCCCGAGAAAAGGGAGUUAUUACGCAAUACCAAGAUCUAUCCCUUUUGUUCGUGAUGUUGACUCAUUUCUGCAUUAGUUUGCUUAAUAUAGUCGCUUAUAGUACUCUGUAUGCUUCAUUUAUGGCAUCGAAGAAAGGUUAGGAUGUUCU